UGAAACACUUUAUGUCUUCAUUGCUCCCUACUGUCUGAAAAACUAUAAUGUCUUAAUGGCAGCAAGUUGUUUGACAAGUUUGAUUUUAUUUGCACUGUAUUCUCUUUUCUUAUUUAUAGCUUUGGUAAGUUAUAGUUUAUAUGAUAGUUAUGGGAUUGGAUUUGCAUUCAGUUGUUAUAUUAUUUAUUUAUUUUAGUUUUCAUCUUGCAGAUGUUCCCAAGCUUUGUUUGAAUCUUCAUUUUGUUUUCUAUUAUGCUUAUUUAUAUUUUGAUAUUUCUUUGCUAGUUGAUUUUCUGGCAUUUCAGGAACUUGUUACUGCUUGGGUUGUCAUCUUGGCUUGCCUUGUCCAUGGGUUUGUUACAGUCUUAGUUGCUAGUGAAGCUCAUGCAAUAACUCUGGCUGUUGAGGGUUUGUUAGGAGUUGUGUUUACAGUGGCUGCAUUAACAGAUGAAGCAAUGGAUGUUGGUGAGGUACUUUGACCGCGAUGUUGAAUGUGUCUUCAAGUUCUUUAGAAAGAGGUCAGUGAUAUGUUUUUUCUUUUGUGUUGGAAGCUUUCUCAUCUGCUUCACUGACUUGCUCGCUUAUUUAAAUCUACUGAGUUUCAUUAUUUGAGAUUGCUACUCUUAAAAGAACUCUCACAUAUCUUCUACUGAUGGAGGAUUGAAUUUUGAUUGCUGACUGUUGAUGGGUUGAUAAUGCUAGUCCACUUAAAACUUUAGAUGAUCAUAUUUUUCCUGAAUUUAGCUGUAGUUUUUUGUUUAUGCUUCUACGCCAU